AUGGGGCCCACCAAGGCCGGGCCCAUCUUGAGCUCCCCCUUCCUAGUGCUCGGGCUCGGGGCGCUCCUGGCCCACGUUGUUGGCUUCCAGCGCCGGCCUGGCUGGCGCUUCGCCUCCGCUGAGGUGGUGGUUCCUUUGCAGCUGCGCGGCUUCGACCACAGGGAGAGCCCUGGACGUCUCUCCUACGCGCUGCACUUCGGGGGCAGGAGACAUGUGGUCCACCUGCAGCUUAAGAAGCUUCUGCUGCCCAGGCACCUGCCAGUCUUCACUUACACUGACCAAGGGUCCGUCCAGAUGGACCAUUCUUUUGUCCCUAAAGACUGCUACUACCGAGGCUACGUGGAGGGGAUCCUGGGCUCCCUGGCUGCUCUCAGCACUUGCCAUGGGGGUCUCCAGGGGAUGCUGCAGGUGAACUCUCUUUACUAUGAAAUCGAUCCCCUGCCCACCUCUCGCAUUUUUCAGCACCUGGUUUAUCCAAUGGAGAAUAAAAAUAGAGGUCCUGGCUGGAAGUGCGGCUUAACAGAAAAUGAAAUAGAUCGUCUGGUCUUGGAGAAAAAGGGGCUGGGACAGUCAGUGCCUAGGGCUGGGCCCAAGGACAACUGGUGGCCUCAAACCCGCUUUGUGGAGUUGGUGGUGGUAGUGGAUAAUUUUUGGUAUAAGUAUGCUUGGGAAAAUGAAACUGAGGUGAUAUUCCAAGUAUUGGAAGUAGUCAAUAUAAUAGAUUCCUUGUAUUAUCCUAUGCAUGCCUACAUAAGUUUGAGUGGAGUAGAGAUCUGGACAAAUAACAACCCAGUGGAUUUUAGUAAUGGCAUAAAGGUAGCUUUGGAUAUAUUUUCCCAUUGGAAACAACUAAUUAAUGAGCGUUUGCCACAUGAUGUUGCCCACCUAUUUGUUCGCUAUAACUUUGGCAGGGACAAGGGUUUAGCUUAUGUUGGUACAAUCUGCCACGAUCUAAAGUCAGUUGGCAUUGAUGCAUAUGUCGAGGAUAACUUGUUGGAAUUCUCUGUCACUGUUGCCCAUGAACUGGGUCAUAACCUUGGCAUGGUCCAUGACUAUGACUUCUGCAUCUGUGCACAAAAGCAAUGCAUCAUGUACGCCAAUUUCAGCUUAACGGAUGUCUUUAGCAACUGUAGUUAUGCUAGUUAUUUUGAUCAGUUUAAUGAACUGUUUGUAGAAUGUUUAAUAAACCCACCAGAGCCUUACAAGAUUGCCGCUACGAAGCUAUGUGGUAAUAAGGUGGUCGAAGAGGGAGAAGAAUGUGACUGUGGAUCUGUAAAAGAAUGUAGCAAGGAUUCUUGUUGUAAACCGGGUUGUACCCUGAGGCCCCAUGCUAACUGUGCUUCUGGACUGUGCUGUGUAAAUUGUAAGAUUGCACCAGCUGGAACCCUUUGCAGACCCCCUAGGACACCAUGUGAUCUUCCAGAGUACUGCAAUGGAACUUCGGUACUGUGCCAGAAAGAUUUUUACAUGCAGGAUGGAACUCCAUGUACUAGAAAUGCUGUGUGCUAUCGAAGUAUUUGCAGUGACAGAAUUCAACAGUGCAAAGCUAUCUUUGGUGAAACAGCCUAUGAUGCUCCCCUGAUCUGCUACAAAGAAGCAAACAUGUUAAGUGAUCAAUUUGGGAACUGUUCUGUAGAUGGUCAUACAUACAGGAAGUGUGACACAGCCCAUGUUUUGUGUGGCAGACUUCAAUGUGUCAAUGUCAGCCAGAUUCCCCAUUUAGAGGAGUUUGAUACUAUAUUCCAAGUUUAUGUGAAUGGAGUUAUGUGCGUUGGAAUGGAUUUCCACAUGGGGAAGGAUGCUGGAAAUGUAAUUAAUGGUGCAGUGUGUGGUCAUGGAAAAAUCUGCCUGAAUAAGAAAUGUGUUGAUUAUUCUGUACUGAAUUAUGACUGUGCAGCCAAGAAGUGCAGUUUUAAUGGUAUAUGUAACAACAAGAAAAAUUGUCACUGUCUAAAUGGGUGGGAUCCCCCAUUCUGCCUUAAAAGAGGAUUUGGUGGAAGUAUUGAUAGUGGGCCUCCUCCAAAAUGGAAAGCAAAUUACUUUUUAAUUAUUUGCUAUCUAGCUUCUCUCUCGUUGGGUUUUUAUGGGACAUUAAUGAUGAUUAUCUUUUUAGCAAGAAAAUCAGCAUUGCUCAUCUAGAAAGGAACAGCCUUUGU